UUUCUCUGCUUUCUUCUUUCCCCGCGCCUGAUUGGGAGAUGUCCGGCCGAGGCAAACAGGGAGGCAAGGCGCGCGCGAAAGCGAAGUCGCGCUCGUCGCGCGCGGGCCUGCAGUUUCCUGUCGGCCGAGUGCACCGGCUGCUCCGGAAAGGUAACUACUCUGAGCGUGUGGGUGCUGGUGCGCCUGUGUAUCUAGCAGCCGUGCUGGAGUACCUGACGGCUGAGAUCUUGGAGCUGGCGGGUAACGCGGCGCGCGACAACAAGAAGACUCGCAUUAUCCCGCGCCACCUGCAGUUGGCUAUCCGCAACGACGAAGAGCUCAACAAGCUGUUGGGCCGCGUGACCAUCGCGCAGGGCGGCGUCCUGCCCAACAUCCAGGCCGUGUUGCUGCCCAAGAAGACGGAGAGCCACCACAAGGCCAAGGGCAAGUGAGGCCGCGGAGGCGGGCCGGAAACGGCUGUGCGCCCCGGGGGCCCCGUGACACCAAAGGCUCUUUUCAGAGCCACCCAUAUCUUCUAGAAAAGAGCCGCACUGGUCGAGGGCUGUGUCCUUUUGAGCGCGUUCCUGUGCGAACCUGCGCAAGGCAGGGCUUGCGAGAAACCGACCCCGAGGCAUGAUUUGGGUGCGCCUAGGCGCACAGUGGGCUCAGUGUUCAUUUUGUGCGGGGAAUGGCGUCUGACACGCGGCCGUUUUGAGUUUUGCCACCAUCAAAUUCAUGGGGUUUCAAUCCCACUCAUCCUGAAGGUGUCUUUGUUAUUACUGGUGACAAGCUACUUUGGUUCCGGAAAGUGUCAUCACUCUGAAAUUUAGACACCAAAUACGUAGCUGUUUUAUCCCAGGGAAAAUCUGGUAGAUUGAUCUGGUAUUGAAAGUGUUUAACCUUGAAAGAAACUUUACCACUUGAGGUUCUGAUAGGUAAACAUGAUUUCCAUUUUAAAAUGUAUGAGUGCAUGACUUAGUUUUUUAGAGAACAUGCGAUCAGAAUUGUAUAACGUACUGGGAAUUCUAAGGUCUUGGGAAGGGUUUGUCAGCAUUUGAAAAUGUCAAAUUAUAUUUCGAAAGUAGGUUUAAGUUUUUAAAGGAAAUCUCAUGGUAAAUAGAAUAAUUUAAAAGAAUUUCAAUUGUUAAAUUUGGGUUGGUCAAACGUUAAUCAGAGAUCCCCUUAAACUGAUCACUAAAGUCAAUAAAAUAAUUUGUACCUUGAGUUUGAUGAGGAAAAUUACGUUUGUGAAUAUAGUAAAUUUAAAGUGGACAUUGUUAGGACCAGAUUAAGUAAUAUAUAUGUGGAUAUUUCAGAAGAUGACUUCCUGAAUUCCACAUUCUGUUAUAAAUAGGGGUUGUAGUGUCCCAGAGAUGCUCCUGCAAAGUCAACUGAGAAAUGAGAAUGUUAAUGGCACCUACUUCAUGGAGUGAAGGGAUUAAAUGAGUUCAUCUAUACUAAUCCCCUUGUUUAAAAAUCUCUAGCACAGUAUAAGAGCUCAGUAAAUGUCUAUUCCUGCUGUCAUUAUCCUUAGUGAUUCCAUUCAUUUUUUUAUUUUAACAAUAAAUACAGGCCAGUAAAAUAAUUUAGGAAUAUUAUACAAUAGAUAGUUAUCUUACUAAAAUUAGAUGUACUCAAACCAGGGCUCCCUAGGCACUAUCUGGAGCUAACCACAUAUCUGCUAGUCUUUAGAAAAUAUCCUAGCACUAUGAGACUAUUCGCACCAAAAAUUGAUAGGAACUAUCAGUGUGGAUGGAAAAAACACCAGACUCCCCUGCAGUGUAGGUAGAGAUAGCAGGACCCACAUUACCCAGUGGGACCCAUUUCAGUGAAACAAAUUGCAAGGAAUUAUGGAAGAGAUUAUGGAGCCUUCUGGAGAGGUAUACAUUAUGUUUCCAGUGACAGCCUUCAAUUCUAGCUUAAAUUUGAUUUUUGCGUUGAUAUUCAUGUAGGUCGUUGUAUAUCUUCAACCCCUUCCGCGGUAUUUAAGAAAGAAAAGUUUCUCAGGAGCAGGGAGCUUGGGUUUUCCAAGUAUCAUCGUGGAGCUCCAGAUUUUAAUUUCCUAAAGUGGAGUGUUAAG